AUUUUCAUACGUUCCUUAAAAGCGAGAAGAGAGAAAAUUUAAAUUUUUAAAAUUAAAAUCUGAUCAAAAAGUUACUUAAACUGUUCAAUACUCGAUCAGAAUUGGUUGUUUGUAAACAUUUAAAGUUUAUUAGUGCUAAUUGAUUCAAUUGAACAUGAUAUAAAGGCAAAGAUACGGAAAAGAGAGACAAUUUUUUAUCGAGUCUACAGAAAAAAAUAAUUUUUAAAGCGAUUUUCAUCGCAGAUCAGAGCUGAAUUUUGCACAGUGAACAAGUCUUGAAUAGAUAUUGAAAGAUGAAUCACUUGAAUGUGAAUUCUGAGGCAUCAUUUCUGCAAUUGCCAGAGUCACUUACAACCUCGCCAUCUCAAUCGACUUUUAUGGCAGAAGAAGAUGCAUCAAUUUGUCCAUUACUACAUAAUACGUCUAGUCCACAGCUUCAACUUCAACUUGAUUAUAGUCAUCCAUUGACCCCUAGUACUGGCAUUGUAUCCGAUAAUCCUGACGAUACAGUUGAGAAUGAUGAUACAUCUUCAUCAUCUAGUAGCUCGGGAAUUGGGAUCACAUCUGCAAUUGGUAUGGGAACAAAUUAUCAUCAUUUACAUAAAAAUGGAGAUUUACAUCAUCAAGAGAAUGGAAAUGCGAAGAAGAAGAAGCAUGGAAACAUAAACUUUGAAUACUUGAAUGCCUUAAACAUCCCUCUUUCGAAGGACUUGCCAUCAUUUGUUAAAUGGAAUUGGCCGAUGAUAAGGAAGGUCACAUUCUUUAUAUUUUUAUCGGGUAUAUUUGCGAUGUGCGCUAUAGUUGUGGGUAUGAUGUAUAAUUUACCAAGGAUUUGCAGUCCGGAUAUUAAAUGGUAUCAAGGAAGUAUUUUCUAUGAAAUAUUUCCAGCGAGCUUCAAGGAUUCUGAUGGCAGCGCUGUUGGAGAUCUUCGUGGCAUUGCCGACAAAGUCUCGUAUUUCCAAAAUCUAUCAAUCGGUGCCAUUCGUCUUAAUUCUAUCUUUUCUGCAAAAAAUUAUCCUGAAGAUUACACAAAUAUUGACACAUUAAUGAACAUUAGCAAAGAGCUUGGUACAAUGGAUGAUAUGAAGUAUUUAGUGGCGGAGCUUCAUUCAAAAAACAUAUCACUAAUAUUGGAUUUACCGUUAUAUCCACUUUACACACGAUUAGAGCCAUCAACAACAAUGAGCAAUUUGACGCAUAAGACUAUUAAUAAUAAUGCUAAUGAGAUGAGAAUCGAUGAAUAUCGACGCGUUGAGAGAGGCAUAAUUGAUAAUAAUGGCAUUACAAAUGUUAUGAGAUUUUGGUUGGCACAUGGCAUCGAUGGAUUCUAUUUGAAAGGCUUAGAAAACUUUGCUGAUGAUGAGUACUUAAUGGAGAAUAUACGAGAAUGGAAAUAUGUGCUUGGCAAUGAUAGAAUUAUGAUUGUUAAUGAGUCGUUAAUUAAAAGUGUAUCCGAAGAUGUUGCUGAUGAAAUUCUCGAAUGUAUCGACUUAAUUGACGUCUUUCUGGAUAUUACAAAUGGCACACGAUCGAUUGAACAUAAAGUUGAUUCCAUAUUAAAAGGAAAAUUAAAGCCAACAGAGUUUGGUCCAUGGAUUCAUUGGAGCUUAAAUGGUAUUGACAAACGACGAAUGUCAAUGGCUAUAAAUCAAAAUGCUUCACUUGCUGGAUUGCUCAUGGAAUUGAUGCUACCAGGAACUCCAAACAUUUUCUAUGGUGAUGAACUUUCGAUGGGUGAUGUUAAUGACCCGGAUAAUGUUCAUAUUGAAACAAAGCACUUGCAUCAUCUUCCAACAAUGCCAUUUACUGAUCAAACUGUCAAAUUUACAAAUCAAAAAGUAUUGCCUUGGUUACCGAAAUCAGCUUUAGUAUCAUAUGAGCAUCUUGACUAUGUUAUUGAUGCAUGUGCUUUACGUAAAAUUACACCUGGAUUGUACAUGAAUUCAUUUAAUAAGGAUGGAAAUACAGCAUAUUUAAAUACACACAUACGCGCAAAUAAGGACGAUUUAUUGAUAAUCGAGAGGACCUUUCCACGCAGGAAUACAAUUGUCUCAAUCACAAAUCUCGGACCGGAAAAUUUAUCUUUAGACAUAUCAGCAUUUUACUACAGUGGCGAGCUUGUACUUGGUCCAGCAAAAAAGAAUAAAGUCUUUUUCAAUAAUUUCAAAAUUGCAGCACUUGAGACAAUUAUUGUUAAAUUGGACAAAUAAGGCACAUAAAGUGUAAACAAUUUGGAGCUUAUGUGCUUCAAUUUAUAAAUAUAUUGUUAACCGUUAUAUUGUUAAUAAUACUUGCUCUCAUGUCAAUGACAAAACAAAGAAGGAAAUAUUAAGCAUAGAAUGAGAUGAUGGUGAUUACUAAAAAAC